UGUGGCUAAAACCCACCGCCAAAACAUACAUUUGCAUCUCUGGUUUCAGUAAUCCGCAAGAUAUUGAAGCAUUCGACAAAGUGUUGUCAAAAAAAGGCUACAAGGACGCUUGCAGACCCUUGGAAUUCUGCUAUGAACUGAGUCACAUCACACUCUCAGCUAGCUCCGGGGUAUACGACGUGAAGUCUUCCAGCACAGGGACUCUUUGCGGCAGCAUAGCUAUCUUUGUGCAGUCCAAUGGGCCUCAGAUCAAGUCAACUAUCGGGGGACUAAUUGAGGUUGAUAGUCAGAGUUUUGCCUUGACAACAAAACACAGACCGGAGACCGAGAUGGUCACAGAUAGCGAGGAAGACAGUCCAUCCUUGGCUGACUUGAUGCUGAAACUUCUCGAAGACAGAGGAGUCGAAGAACUCACUCCCCAGAAAUCUCCCCCUGCAUCCGUUGAUAGUUCAAACAAAGGGGCUAUGACUCCUUUGGUGGACGAGGUUGACACCUGGGAGGAUUGGGACCUCAUUCCUAUCGAAAAAGCACGACGCCUACCGAAUUUCGUCCCCAAUAACAAAUCGUCGGAGAACACGACGAGAAGUAGACCGGUCACCAAGUUCGUCGACUUCGACACGAACAGCUUUUACAAUGCCCUCCCGUGGCCAGUCCUCAUCAUCUCGGGCAUGAGCGGCGUCCUUGACGGACUGCUGUCCUCGAAUCCCUCGUACAUGCAUUGCGGUAUAGACAGCUCCCACGAAGUGUGGACUGUCAAGCUGAAGCAACACGAUCUCCAAGCAGGUGACUCCGGCUCAUGGGUCGUCCGAAAGAGCGAUCACGGCCUUCUCGGUAUGGUGGUGGCACGCUCAGCUGGCACGGCUUACAUGGUAUCAUUUGACAAGAUAAGAGAGAGCAUUGAGAGGAGUAGGAGUUUGGCGCCACACUCCGUCGAAUUGCCGAAAUUUUCAACCAAGAGAAGUCUCUCUCAACGCCGUGCACAGCUCAUGUCGGAUAUCAACGAAGGUCUCUCUCAAUAUCAUGAGGCUACACCCCCCGACAACGCCAUGACCCAAAACAACCCCGUGGGAUUGCGUCUCUCCAGUCUAGUGUCCCCGCUAGGCUCUGCACUUCAGACACUGCAAAACCUCAUGUCGACGGUGAUAGGCCCCAUGAAAGACGUGUUGAAGCCGUACAUGGAAAAUCCCCCAGCACGAAUUCCAAGGAGCGGUGGCGAAUCGGAGCCGCUUUUCAAUAUCGCAAACCUCCCUAACAGCUUUCCCUCUCUCCUCCAAGCGCUUGACACCCGCACAAUUCUCGAUGUAUGCCGUUGCGUCCAUCCCUUGCAGUACGUCUCGUUUGCUGUUGCAGUACUCUUCAUAUCCCUUCGGCUUUCUGUCGGCCCUGCAACCAUACCCGUUGGCUUUUUCUACUGGUUUCCCCUCUAUAAUUGCGUACUGCUUUAUUUAGCCGGAGCUUUGAUUUUUGUACGCAACCCCAUUGGGCGCACCUCAGAAGAGUCUCAUGGGGACUAUCACAUCCGACUGAGAAGGAUAAACGCUUUCAGAAAACACUUCUUAAUGUGGAUGGCGAUUUAUUGGGGGAGGUGUGAUUUCUAUGCUGUUGGAAUUUGCUUGAUAUCAGGCGACGAGUUAGACGAGGAUCUAUCAUGGCACAUGUUCUGCCGAGCUAGAGACGCAUCUUCUCCCCAAACCCCAACGAAAUCCACAGUGAAGGAAGCAUCCCGGUCCAUUUGGAAGUUGAUCUCUUCCGAUUUCAGGGGCUUCCGUGGAAUGUUCGAGGUGUCUUAUACAGCUAUUGCAUGGUUUCUUUACACGAAGAUAUUUCGACGGCCAAACCCCAUGCCUUCUGACGAGGAUGAACCCAGAGGACCCCAGGCGUCUGAAAGGGCCAGAAAUAUCCCAUAUGACGAUGAUGGGCCAUCGCGAUCGAGAUGAGAAACCAAGUUGUCCACUCCUAGCAUCUCUCGAAUACACGAUACAAGCCCUUCAGAUCAGCAACCUCCAACACGGCAGCCUUCAUCAACGACGUAGUCGCAACCAACCUCGCCUUGAAGGCAGGGAAGAACACAUGCUCAAUCGCGAAACGCACAUUUCUCCGCCGUUCCGCAAGCUGAUCAUCGAUCUUGACCUCCUCCUCAUUCUCGUCAGCCUCCCCGCCAACCGUCGGCGGCAGCUGCUCAGGCACAUAGAAAGACGCCAACUCUUUCAAAAAGGUAUCAAAACACAGCUUCUCAUCCUCCCAGUUGACGCAGGGUCCGAGACGCAGCAGGAAACGAGGCAACUUGACCAUGGCGGGUGUGUAGCCCUUGAUCAGGAGGGGGAUGGUGAGCAGCUCGCCCGCAGGGGAAACUUCGAGGGAGAAGUACUCGGUAAGCAUUUCACGCCGCUCAAUGAGCUGGGCGGCGACCUUCUCGACAACGUCAUCAAUUUCAAAGUCCUCUUCGGGAGACUCGAUAUUCGCCUUCUCAACCUCAGCGCCGAUGCGGAGGAUCUCUCGCAGGUCCAGCGGCGGCGUGAAGCGGAUGGUGCCAAAAUUGCCAAAAUCCGUCAGCCCGACUUGAUAGCAGUACUCGUAACAGGUCCGACCGUAGUCAAUAAGAUACAUCUUGACACCGCCCUGAAUAGCGGCCAAUCGACGACGUUCGUCGACGACGCCGACAAAUGUGUGAUUUGCAAAGAUUUCUGUGAGGUCGUUGUGCAUGUCUUCCCUUACCUCGGCCCGAAGCUCCUUGACGCUAGUAAGCCUCAUUGGUGCAAAGGGCCUAUCGACCGUUUCGUACUGAAUGUGCUCCGAGGCAGACAAGGCGUUCUCGUCAGCUGCCCCGGCUGCAGCCGCAGUAAGCCCGGGCGAUGCCUUGGAGGGCGUAGCAGCUGUGGCUGAGGGCAGCAUGCUGGUGAUUUUCCGCAAGCUCGUAUCGGUACGGACGAGGUUGUUAGAGUUCCUCCGUGGUCUUUUCGAGCCUGGCGUUUCUCUUGCGGGCGUCGCUGGGGUUCCCUCGCCCUCGGCCUGAGGGGAUAUCUCCAUCAUCUGACCACCCGGGAGCAAGCUCUGUGUCAUGAAUGUGCGACUUGUGUCUACCUCUGCCAGCUUAGAGCGUAUGUGCUCGCAUAUUGAUUGAAUGACGUCAUCUUCGUUCAGGAAAUGCACUUCUUGCUUCGUGGGAUGGACGUUGACGUCGACUCGAGCAGGGUCGAUCUCGAGGCUGAGGUAGAUGAAUGGCCGACCGCCCUUGGGUAAAAAUGAGGCGUACAGCUGCUCAAGCGCCUUUCUUAUGGUAGUUGACUCUACACACCGGUGGUUGAUGAAUAGGAGAAAGGUAGUCUUUUUAAUGUUGUAGUUGGCGUUCGUAGCCCAUCCAGUAGCCUUGAAGCCCCAACGGUCUUCUGAGGUUGAGAACUGCAUUAACUCGUUGGCGACACUUGAGCCGUAUAUCUGCCGUAUUCGGUCGAUUUCGCUUGCUGCAGCUUGGAUGGAUACACUGGUACCCGAUUCGCCGUGCUUCUUGCAGGAGAAGCCCACUCCCUUACAGUGGAUGGCGUAACGUCCAACAAUGUCGAUGAUCUUAUUGUAUUCCUCAGCAGGCGACCUAAAUGCUCUUCGACGUGUCGGUAUGUUAUAGAACAUGUCUUCGACGCUGAUCUGCGUACCCUGGCGCCCAGCAGUGGGCUUGGGCUCGGCCGACUGACCGGGCUUGGCCGGAGCCAGCUUGCCAUCGAGAUAUGUGGCACGCCAUGCGCAAUUCGAGUCUUU